UCACGUGAGCUAUUUAUAGCGCGUGCGUUUUCCGGAAUUAAGAUUAAGAUCGGUUCCGAUUCUUUUAUUACGCACCGAGUCAAAAGGUAAACAAACAACAUGACAGACGACCGCGACUACGGUACGAGGGGAGCAAUGGAACCGACAAUAGGCCUAGUCGAAGAGACACCGAUCCUUGUUGAGAACAUAGCCUCCAAUGUAACAGUUUCCACUGAGAUCGGGCACACGGAAAACAUUGUAUGGAAUGAAGGCCGGAGGGUUGUUGAGUUAGAGGUGCUAGCGGAACAACUAUUCUGCAACAGAUGCAACACCCCACUCCAUCUGAAGGAUAUAGUAGGUGAAAUGAGGAACGGCUUAGGUAGUCUUUUGGAGGUGGUAUGUCGGAUAUGCUCUGGUAUGAAACUGGUGUCUACAGGCAAGCGGAAUGAAAAAGGAGGAUUUGAUAUCAACUCAAAAGUGGCUCUUGAGUUAGGCACAUGUAACAUACCCCCACCUGAUCCUAAGACACUGAAAAAGAAGGAGAAAGAUAUAGCAUCUUCAGUUAUGGAUGAAGCAUCAGAUUCCUGUAAAACUGCUAGUGCAAAAGAAGAAGCUGUUACCGCAAGUGAAGAAUUGGAAUGUAGUUUUGACGCUGGUUGGCAAACAAGAGGAUCCGGUUGGCAAUAUAACAGUAACACAGGACAUUCCAGUCUAGUUGGUGUAAAGACAGGUAAAGUUCUAGACUUUGAUGUAAGAACUAAAUUUUGCAGUAUAUGCCAGCAUCAUUUGGGAAGAAAGGACACAAUUCCAAAUCAUCAAUGCAACAGCAAUUGGCAAGGGUCAAGUAAAGGCAUGGAGCCUGACAUGGCUUUAUCCAUGGUUACAAGGAUGGAUGACAGAGGGUGCACAGUUGGCAUAAUUCAUGCAGACAAUGACUCAACAACAACAUCACGGCUGAGGCAAAAAUUUGAAAACAUCAAAAAAAGAGAUGAUAAGAAUCAUGUAAAGAAAACUCUGUCAAGACAGUUGUAUGCAGCGGCAAAUAAGUUUAAAGAGCUGAAGGGCAAAGGAGUAAUUCCUUACAUCCUUAGAUGCUUCAUGUAUGCAAUUAGUUCAAAACAGUCAAAUGAGGAUGAGCUUUGUGAAAGACUAGACAGCAUUGUUCCACACCUCUUUGGAGACCAUUCAGGCUGUUCUGGAGAUUGGUGCAGAUAUUCCAAGCAACCAUCAACAUACAGAUAUAGGCAUCUUCCUAAAGGUGAACCAUUGACAAAUGAGAAUCUGCGCAAGCAGUUAGAGACAGUGACAGAAAAUUACAAAAAAAGAUCAAGCCAACUUGUAGAUCUGGGCUCAACACAGAGCAAUGAGAACUUUAACAAUAUAGUUGCAAGCAAGGCUCCAAAAAAUAGAUCAUAUGGUGGAACCAGCUCAUUAAAAGCGAGAGUUUCAGCUGCAGUUCUUCAAAAGAAUGAAGGUUAUACCUGGGUUACCAAGGUUAACAAGAAAGCAUUGCUGUCACCAGGCACAAUUUCUGCUAGAGUUGGACAGAGAAUUGACAGAAAAAGACUCUGGCAAAAGGAGAAUAGCACCUCAGUUCAUUUCAAACGUGACAGAUUUAAAAGAAAGCAUAAGAAAACUUUUCAACAAAUUACAGCAGCAGUAAUAGAAGGAGAAACAUAUAAACCACAAAUCGAAGAAGAUGUGUCGGUAAAUGAUAUUGAAAGCAUUCCAACUAAAUGUUCUUUAGAUGGCAUAGAUGAAUAUGUUGUGUUUGACUUAGAAACAACUGGAUUAUCAAGAACCUCAGAUAUUACACAAAUAUCAGCAUAUGAUGGGAAGAACAUGCUUAAUCUUUAUGUGUCUCCACGACAACCUAUUUCAUCAAAGGCCAGCGAUGUUACUGGCAUUAGUUUCUCUUUUGAGAGAAACCAAAUGUACUGCCGUGGUGUUCCAGUUGAAAGCGUGUGUAUAAGACAAGCAUUGCUUCAACUAAUAUAAAUGAUACAGACAAAAUCUCGACCUGUGCUUGUCGGUCAUAACUUCUAUUCAUAUGACGUACCUAUACUGAGGAAUUUAUUGAAAGAGUUUAGUCUCCUGAGUUCUUUUAAUAAAUUAAUUUAUGGAUGCAUUGACACUUUGAAAAUUGCAAAACGGGAAAUACCAAAAGCUGAUGUUCAAAAUUAUAAGCAACAAACAUUAGUUCAAAAGUUUCUGGAGAUUGUUUAUGAUGCCUAUAAUUCUGAGGAAGAUGUUAGAAGUUUGUACACACUUUUCCAUCUGAAACUUAAACAGACAUGUUGUGCCAAAGAUUUAUUUCCCUUUAAUUAUUUGGCAAUUGUAGAGUCUUUUUCUGGCGUCAUUGUUGGAAAAGUUAUUUCCAAGGACACUGCAAGGAAACUUUCCUGCACAGGUCUCAGCCUUCAUCACUUGGAGUUGGCCUAUACAAGAAACAAUGAAGAUGGCAUCAAAUCUGUUAUGCAGGAACAUGGUUUGAAAGGGAAAACGGCAAAUGUGUUCAAGAAGUUCUUUUCUGAAAAAAAGGAAUAGACUGUAUCUGUGGUUGAAAACUGUGUCAACAGAAUGACAAUCUUUAUCUUUUAUAUGCUAUAUUUCUAUAAAAAUAUGGUGCUACCUGUAUUUGAACUAUAUCUAAAAAUAUUAUCCUCUGAAACAAUUUUAACCCUUAAUAACAGCUGAUUUUGAAUAAAUUAAUUUUGUUGCUAAAAUUUGGAGUAACCAAGGAGUACUUACACUUGAAAUAUAUAUUUAUUAAAAUAAAAUGGCGGUGCCCUAUAGUAAUUACUCUGUCUGUCCGUCCGUCACAGUUUCCUAUUUCGUAUUUAACACGUGUACUAGUGUGAUGGGUGGUCAGCCAGUACCAG